AUGCGUUCCGUAUUCUUCCUCGCCCUCAGUGCUGUUGCCACUCUCGCCGCUGCGCGUGAGAAUGCCUUCAACAUCCCCAAGGAUGGAUAUGAAUUCACUGCUGGCGAGUCGACUACCCUGAAGUGGGCUCCCUCCACUGAGGGAACUGUAACUCUCAGGCUCCAGCGCGGUGAUGUAUUCGACUCCUCCACUGGCACUGUUAUUGCCUCGAACAUUGCCAACUCGGGAAGCUACACAUGGAGUGUCCCGAAGGACAUCGCUGAGCAUGGAGAUUACACUGUCGAGAUUGUCAGCGACUCAGACCCGGACUCUUCUAACUAUCUCCCUCAAUUCUCUGUCCAAGGUGCUGCGGCUGCUACUACUGCGUCUGAGUCUGAGUCUGCUACACCAACUCCGGAGACUACCACCACAGAGACCUCCAGCUCCAGCACUAGCACCGACACCACCACCUCCACGUCUACGACCACCGAGUCUUCUUCCAGCGCGUCCCCGACUCCGACAAGCACUUCUUCUGAAUCCCCUAGCGAGACUCCCGCCAGCACCACCUCUACUGAGUCUUCAUCUUCCAGCACCGAGAGCCCCAGCAGCAGCCCCUCUUCCUCUAUUCCCUCGGUUGACGAUGGUGACAACGCCGGCAUGGCUAACCGCGUGUCUGGUGGCCUGUUGGCGCUUGCCCUGGGCGUUGCUGCUCUCGUUUAA